AUGCACCAGAUUUUGCUUGAUUCACGCCAUUGCCUCGGGCUUUCCACAUCACCACACUGUAUCUCCCCCCCAACUCCAGCUCGAGUUUCCUCCUCUUGUACCUUUUACAGAAGUUGUGAUCAUUCUCAUUCUGAUGAAGGCCACCAUGUUGCGGAGAUUCAUGUUGUUUGUUUUGACUUCGUUGUUGCAGCAUCAUUGGAAUUCCGGGAGCUAGCUUUGGAGCUUGAAUUGGAAGGGGGCCAUGGGCUUGAUUCAGGGUUUGCUGGAGGUUUAGAAGAUGGAUGCGAACUUGGCGACCUUGGAUUGGAACCGGGUCAAGGACUGAAACUGCCAAGCACCCAUAUUCACAUUCCAGUUAGUAAUAAACAACCAAAGUUCAGUUGCAGCAAAGGGUUCAAGAGAUGA